AUGCUUCAUUAUCUGGUCUCAGGGACUCCAUGGCUCGUUGUGCAACUAAUGGCCCAAGGAGGUUGGAUGUGCAUGGUCACUGGCUUUGGGCUAACACUGUAUUCGCGCUUAAACCUAAUUCUCGAGACUCGGAGAUGGAUACUGUACAUCAUCAUUUUCAAUACCACCAUCAUGGAACCAUUCAUGGCGGCUCUUUCCAUAGGAAUGGCAGCAUUGUCGGCGAAAAAAGAUUUGGCCGGGAAAGCUCGUUGGAAUGAUGUUUUUCAUCCAAUGGAGCGAAUCACCAUCCUCUCUCUUUUUGCUCAAGAAACUUUGAUCUCGUUCAUAUACAUAUGGUCUACGUAUCAGUAUCUCAAAGCCCGAUUCGGACUCGAGAAUCCCAGAACCACGACUCGAACCAUGAUUCUCCUCUUCCUCGUUCAGAUUGUUGUGUUGGUCUUGGAUAUCGCUAUCAUAGUCAUCGAUUUUCUCGGCUACAAUACCUUGAAGUUGUUCCUGAACUCCUGGGUGUACGCAUUCAAACUGGAGCUCGAAUUCAUCGUGCUGAAUCAGCUUGUUGAAAUUUCAAAGCUGGGAGUCCCAGGUAUCAAGUCUGCAUCGAAAGCCAUCAAAGACUUUUGUGUAAGAGAUGCGACAGAAAAAGAGGAAAUACCACAUUUCGUUACCGUCUUUAACGUGGAUAGUAUUUCAGCGUUAAAGCACCCAAACGCUGACCUGGAGACUGUGGAAGUUUUUAAGGCUCACCAAAACAGCUGUAAGGACUGUAGCGAAACUGAGUUGUCGAAACUUUCUCAUUGA